GUCGUACGUCAACUCUGACCGUGGCAGCACGCGCUGUGGCUUUUACGUUGCUGCAGGCGGAUAAGCAACAGCGCGAAUUCCAAUGGAGUCAGCAAACGCACGAUUGCGACAUCUGUUGCAGCACUGCGCUUCCCGGUAUUGACUUCAUCAAAUUACGCCGCUGUGCACACUUUUUUUGUCGCAUUUGCAUGUUUGACCUGGUCCGCGUGAACGUCAAUGAGGGCAAAUUGGACGCGAUUCGUUGUAUGGGCUGCGAUCCGAAAACUGCGGAACCUCUGGACACCACUGACGUGAAAGCCAUUAUUUUUUCGGGUCUAGAUGAAGAGGACGUCUCCGCGUCUCUCAAGCAGCGGCAAGCCUCUUCAUCGUCCUCAAACACUGAGCAGGAAACGGAAAGCAACGCGAAAAGAUCAAGUGCAGGUACACAACAGCACGCGCUGGACGACGCUUCCAGAAUAGACGGAGGCGGGGCCGCGAGCAGCAAAUUUGAAGGGUCUACUUCAGUGCCAUCGUUGGUUUUGCUGUCGCUUGCUGAGAAAUGCGAUUUGUUCGAGCGUUUCGAGUUGAUGACGCUGAGUAAAGCUUUGGACUCCAUGAGUGACAUCAAAUAUUGCCCGCGGUGCAGUCAGAAUCCGAACGCUGCGCAGCGUCUAAACGUUCCUGUGGUGGUCGAGGACGGAAACUACUGCUGCUGCCCCCAUUGCCGCUUGCAGUUCUGCGCCGUGUGUCUCGAUGUCUACCACCCAGGCAGCGAGACGUGUACGAAUGAGCCCGGCCUGUCGCAAACUGCGAUCCGCGAACAAAACAAGCGCACCCUGCAGGAGCAGCAAAGCUUAAACCUCAUCCGCAAAACUAGCAAAAAGUGCCCCCAUUGUUAUGGCUUCUUCAACCUAUUUUUUCACUCUUUUUACUUGACGUUGACAGCUCGACAAGUGCCUUCUACUUCACCAAACACUCUAGCUGUACUUUCAUGUAGUACGAACAAAUUUUUUCCAAAACAAGUACGCAGAACCUGACACAGAGAAAACGACUUGCUGACGAGUUGCCCCCGCUUGCCUGCGUUACGACCUCAUCUAAUGUUUCUCUUUCGCGAUCCAGAAAACAGCUGGUUGCAAUAAAAUGCGUUGCGAGAACUGCACGACCAAAUUCUGCUGGGUUUGCUUGGAGGUAAUUGACGACUACGAGCAUUUCAGGAACAAUGAAAAGUGCGUGCUCUUUGAUGAGGAAGCCAUACGAGACUGGGAGCGCGAAGUGCAGGCCGCGGGCGCUGUGCACCGAAUUGACGGCGGCGACCCCCACGGCCAGGAGGCGGAACAAGUUCGCUGCAGGCUGUGUGGCCACCAAAACGUGCGAUGGCGAGCACUGGGAGGCGACCUCGGCAAUGGCGACGGGGUUCCGCGAGAUCCAGGGGAUGAAGGAGGUGAGCGAGCUCCGAGAGUCAGAGUUUAUAGACGAAACAAUCACUUGAGGUGCCAAGUCUGUGCGCAACAUUCAUGUCUCGUAUGCAGGCGGCGCAUCAACGAACGCCCCAUCACCGCGCAUUUUCGACCUCGCGGCGCUUGCGAGCAAUUUAGCAUGAUUGAGCAUGUGGUUGGGUAGCAGCACAGGAACGGAGACCUGCAUCGCGUGCGAAGUGGAGCAGCGUCAUCUCUGUCGUGUUGUAAUGGACGAUAUGGAUAUUACGAUUACGAAUAACUUAAUUAAUAUGUGUUCUACUAGGUACUCGAGGGUCAAAUAAAUUAAGUGUGGAGGUUCUUGUAGUACCUCGCUUUGCACAGUACUAGAUUUGUUUUUUCACUGGAGGUGCCUCUCGUUCUACUUUUACUCCCAAUUGUUGUUCACCCUCCCGUUGCCGAUUCACUUCCCGUUAGCCUUUUAUAUUUUCCCUGUGUUUUCUUCCUUUAUUCGUUCUUUACCUACAUUUUUCUUAGAACGAUUGAAUUCGCAAAAAUGCCAGAGACCGUUUAGCUUGACCGUCUUGGGAAGUCGAGGCCGAGUAGAU